AUGAUACUAGAAUCGUAUGUGCUACCGAUAGUCACAUUCCUCAUCAAUCAUACUCCUAGUUUCAUCUGGGCCAUUAUUGAUUUCAUAAUGGAUAUUUGUUUCUUCUGGGUGAAACGAUUAUAUCAUUUCUAUAAGAGUAAAGAUCCACUCAAGGAUUACUUAAAGUAUCUUCAGAAUGUUAAGAGUUACAAUGAAUGGAAAGAAACUGUCACUGAGAUAGAUAGACUUACCAAUAUGGACUUGUGGCGACAAAACUUCAUUUCAAAACAUUAUGAUUAUAUUCUCAUUAAUGAUCGAAUUAAAUUAUUACGAGAUGCCAGAUUAAGGCAUGAUUCUCCUUUGAUUAUGUCGUUAUUAAGAUCAGGAUUAAUCAGAAACUUUGGCGGUAUAGCUCAAAAGAGAUUAUAUGUCAAAUCAUAUAUUGGAACUAAGUUCAAAAUUGAAGAAUAUAUCACUGAAGUAUUGAAUUGUUUAAAUUAUCUUAAUGAUUCUAUAAAUAGUGAGAAAGAAUUCAUUAUGAAUAGUAAACAGUUAAAACUUGAUUUCUUCCAUGAUGCAAGACAAUCAUUUGGAUGUACUGCUUUAUUAUUACAAGGGGGUUCGUUGUUUGGGUUAUGUCAUUUAGGAGUGGUUAAAGCAUUAUAUUUCAAAGGAUUAUUACCGAGGAUAAUUGGUGGUAGUGCGGUAGGUGCUGCUGUUGCAUCUUUAGUAUGUACUUUAACUGAUCAUGAAUUAAUCCCUAUUUUGGUAUCGAUUGCUGAUGUUAUGAAGAAUAUUGAUCGGUUAAAUCAUGAUGUCGAUGAAAGAUAUGGUAAUGUGAUUGAAAAUGUGGUUAAAAAGGGUUAUUCUCAAGAUAUUCUUAUCUUCUUGAAAUUUGUUAGAGAUACAAUUGGUGAUCUUACAUUUGAAGAAGCGUAUUUAAAAACAGAAAAGAUUCUUAAUAUAGUAGUUCAUCCAACUCAUCAAUCCAUCCCAUCAUUAUUAAAUUAUAUCACGGCCCCAAAUGUCAUUAUUUGGACUGCCAUAUAUGCAUCCAUUGGUACAGGUGUUCUUUCCGAUAACGUUCAAAUAUACGUUAAGGAUUUCAACAAUAACAUUGUUCCUCAAACUCCUGAACUUGAUAUCACCUAUUUAAAACCUCAAGAUGUGAAUUAUCUGCAACAAUAUUUCAAAAGAAAGGAUGAAGGGAUUAGAUAUCUGAUUGAUAGUUCUCCAUAUACGAGAUUAACCGAAUUAUUCAAUGUCAAUCAUUUCGUCAUCAGUCUUGCCCGUCCUUAUCUUGCCCCCUUAAUCAGUAAUGAUUUACAACAUUUACAUUCUUAUGGAAGUGUAAGAUACAAGGAUAAAGUUAAAGAUAAAUCGAAUAAUACUUCUAUAAUUGAAAAGAGUAAGACUUCAAUUGAUGAUAUGGAAAAAAUCACUCGUGAUACAGGGUAUAAUCUUAAAAAACAUGUCAAGAAUUUAAUCAGUAUGGAGAUCCAACAUCGAUUAGUGGUAAUGAAUAAACUUGGAUUAUUGACUGAUUUCAUGAAGAGAUUCUUCAUUGAUGAAAAACCAUCCUCAUUACAAUCCUUAUCAAGCAUAAGAGAGAUUACCAUCGUUCCUGAAUUAAGAUAUCUUGUACGGGAUUUUGGAAGAGUGUUUGACGUACAUAAAACGAUGGAAAACAUUCCUUAUUGGGUAUUGGUUGGUGAACGAUCGAUAUGGCCAUUGUUCCCUCUUUUGUGGACUAGAUGUGCGAUAGAAUUUGCAUUAGAUGAUUUAUAUAAUAUACAUAGAAAGAAAGGUUAA